AACCGUAACUCUCAUUCUCGUGCGAAAUAUUUUUUGUUUACUUUCUAAUACGACGAAAGCAGCCGAUGCAAAAUUUACUUCAUACUGGAUAAUUAAAUUUCUACUUUUAAUAUCACUGCAAAAAAAAUUCACUCUUAAUCUAUUCUUUAAAAUGUCUGGUUUACGUCAAACUGCACUUACGUGCAGUGGCCACACACGACCAGUAGUUGAUUUAGCCUUCAGUUCUAUUACUCCUUCUGGUUAUUUUUUAAUAUCAGCUUGUAAAGAUGGGAAACCUAUGUUAAGGCAAGGAGAUACUGGAGAUUGGAUUGGAACAUUUGUUGGUCACAAAGGUGCAGUUUGGGGUGUGGCUUUGAAUAAAGAUGCAUCUAAAGCUGCUUCUGGGUCUGCAGAUUUUGAAGCUAAGCUUUGGGAUGCUGUUAGUGGAGAAGAGCUACAUACCUUCCCCCAUCCUCAUAUUGUGAAAAGUGUUCACUUCAAUUCUGAUGAAUCAAAAUUGCUUACUUCAUCAAAUGACAAGAAAGCUCGCAUUUUUAACUUAGUCAAGACUGAGAAUAGUGGUGAUUGUCUUGUUGGCCAUACUUCUGCUGUAAAAAAAGCCUUGUUUUUUAACGAUGAUAAGAGAGUUGUUAGUGCUGCUGAUGACAGAACUGUCAGAUUCUGGGAUGUGACAUCUCUAGAAGAAAUAAAGAAGUUAGAUCUAGAAACUCAACCAAGCAGUUUAGAAAUAUCUAACUCUGGAGAAAUAUUAGUAAUUACUCAUGGCCACUCUGUUAGCUUUUGGGAUCUAAACAAUUUUGAAAAACUGAAAGAGUACAGUGUGCCAACUCAAGUGAACAGUGCAUCAUUACAUCCUGAUCAAUCAGUUUUUGUGUGCGGGGGUGAUGAUUUUAAGAUGUAUAAAUUUGAUUAUGAAAAUGGAGCAGAAAUGGAAUCCUUUAAAGGCCACUUUGGUCCAGUUCAUUGUGUGCAAUUUUCUCCUGAUGGAGAACUGUAUGCCAGUGGCAGUGAAGAUGGCACCCUGCGCCUUUGGCAAACCAUUGUUGGUAAAACUUAUGGACUUUGGAAAUGUGUGUUGCCUGGUGAAUUAGCUGGUGGAGAGGUUGUAGAUCUUGCAAGUACUGAAACAACUGCUGUAAAGGCUGAAGGAUAACUGCCGUUUUCUUAUGUGCAUGUUUUAAUACAAUAGAAUGAGAGGGACCAUAUAAGUGUUUUGCUUAUGAGGGGAAACACUUUUAAUCUCAACAUACCAAUGAUGGAUACUGCCAGUAUUGUAAUUAGUAGGAAUUUGGAACAAAAAUAUUGCUGUAAUAAAAUGCUCAAAAAUUAAUGUUUUGGCAAAAUUGCUGUGUAUUGAAAUUGUAUAAUAAAAGCAUAAUUUAUUA